UGGGCGGGGCCUCCUCCCCGUAGGGGAGGGAGGGGAACAAGAUGGCCGAAGCUUCCCCUCAGCCCGGGCGCUACUUCUGCCACUGCUGCUCGGCCGAGAUCGCUCCGCGGCUGCCGGAUUACAUUUGCCCAAGGUGUGAAUCUGGUUUUAUCGAAGAGCUUCCAGAGGAGCCCAGGAAUGUUGAAAAUGGCUCCAGCUCUUCAGCCUCGACCAGCGAUCAGAGCAGGCAUCCGUUUGAGAAUGUGGAUCAGCACUUGUUCACCCUGCCGCAAGGCUACGGCCAGUUCGCCUUCGGGAUAUUCGACGACAGCUUUGAGUUUCCAGCCUUUGGGUCCAAUGCGCAGCCGGAAGACAACCGGGACGCCGAGAACCGGCGAGAGAGGGAGCACCAGUCUCGGCACAGAUACGGUGCCCGGCAGCCCCGGGCUCGCUUCACCACGCGGCGCACCGCCGGCAGGCACGAAGGGGUCCCGACGCUAGAAGGAAUCAUCCAGCAGCUGGUCAACGGGAUAAUCGCUCCCACCACGAUACCGAACCUCGGCGUGGGCCCUUGGGGAGUCUUGCAUUCAAAUCCCAUGGACUAUGCCUGGGGGGCCAACGGCCUGGACGCCAUUAUCACUCAGCUACUGAAUCAAUUUGAAAACACAGGGCCUCCCCCUGCCGACAAAGAGAAGAUUCAGGCGCUCCCGACUAUUCAUAUAACGGAAGAACACGUAGGUUCCGGGCUGGAGUGUCCCGUCUGCAAAGAAGAUUAUGAAGCUGGCGAGAGCGUGCGGCAGCUACCGUGCAACCAUUUAUUCCACGACGGCUGUAUAGUCCCCUGGCUUGAACAGCACGACACCUGCCCGGUGUGCCGGAAAAGCUUGAGUGGACAGAAUACGGCCACAAACCCCCCGGGACUCUCAGCAAUGAAUUUUGCUUCUUCAUCCUCCUCCUCGUCGUCCUCCUCCUCCAGUUCGCCGAGCAAUGAAAAUUCUGCAAACAACUCGUGAAUCUUUUUAAGGAAACGAAAAUAAGUUGCCAUCCGCAUUCCCUUCUCUAAUGUCGCCGCCCUUCCCCACUU